AUGACUGCUGUGCCAGAUACAACUGCUGAUCGUUUUGAUCGUCCUUUUGGUAUCGCAUUGGAUUCAUCAAAUGCACUUUAUAUUUCUGAUCAAAAUAAUAAUAGAGUUCAGAAAUGGUUAGCUGGCGCGUCUACUGGUACGACAGUGGCUGGUCAAGGAAGUGCAGUGGCGGGUACGGCUUUAGAUAGUUUAGAUACGCCCAGUGGUGUUCUACUCGAUUCAAGCGGCAACAUCUAUGUGGCUGAUACCAAUAACUUUCGAGUUCAAUAUUGGCCUCAAAGUGCAUCUUCAGGCACCACGGUUGCCGGUAUUACAGGUUCGCCUGGCUCAGGAAACAAUGAACUAAUGAAUCCGUAUGGUAUUGUACGAGAUUCAAGUUCGGGCACAUUGUACAUAGCAGAUCAAAGCAAUCAUCGAGUGAUGAGUUAUUUAUCAGGCGCAUCAUCAGGAACUGUAGCAGCUGGAGGCAAUGGUCGAGGAACAAGUAACACACAGCUAAAUUAUCCAGUAGGUAUCUAUUUCGAUGCAUCGUCGAACAGCCUCAUUAUUGCGAAUACUGGUGCUAAUAAUAUCGUUCGUUGGGUAUUGGGUGCUAGUAGUUGGACAUUGAUCGCCGGCAGCAUAAGCGGAGCGAGUGGUACCACCGCAACAUUACUCAACUAUCCAGUAGGUGUGACACUAGAUUCCAUGGGCAAUAUAUACGUAGCCGAUAGAAACAAUCAUCGGAUCCAAUUUUUCUUGGCUGGUCAGUCCACUGGAAGAACGAUUGCUGGUGUCACGAAUACAAGUGGAAAUAGCGCCACCUUACUUUAUAAUCCUUAUUCAAUAGGACUUGAUGCUCAACUCAAUUUGUACGUAGCAGAUACAUAUAAUCAUCGAAUACAAACAUUCAAACGUUGUUAA